AGUGGGAGAAGAUGGAACGAGAUGGAUUUUGGCAGACGUUGUGCUAAUUUUCUCAUCGAUAAAACGUUUGAUUUUACACGCGCUCUUCACAGAGUAGGAGUUCCCUAAGCAGAAAUAUGCAAAUACCUGCUAGAACGCGACAAUAGGAACUCGCUAGCUUGUGCUUGGCUCUGCCCCCCGCCCCCUUGUUUGUUCUGCCCACUGUGACUCAUCUGUCACAUUGGAAACGAAAGGCUGUGGUGUAUCUGUGGUACAGUGUGUUGAAACUGAAUUAAACAUCGAAUCAUAUGAGCAAAGGCAGCUUCAAAAUAAUUUAUGAUUGCGCCGUCCGCAACAACAUUGAAAUAUUCAUAUACGAUUCAGUGCGCUCCUUUAAAAAAAAAAGAAGCAUAGCAGCAGACUUUCUGUAUUUCCUGGUUACUGCAGCAUUAUCAAUGUGUAUACAGGCCUGUACUGUGUUGACUGACUGGUUAUGAUACGAGUGGGACGGAACUGGGUUGGGCCGAUUCGAAUAGCACUUAGCCUUUUAGGAUUUCCAUUUUGCCUCUGCACCUCAGGAAUCAGGCCUCUCACCUCGUUCUCUCCUGACCAGUUUAUUGGCAAAGUUAGUAAAAGCCUCAGUACCAGUGGCUGUAGUCUGUGUGUGCUACCGCCCAGUGUCUUCACCAUGCCCUGCUCGGCCCCUCACAACAAGGCCAGGUGCCCAAAGUACCCCGGCUCAGAGACACACCGGUUCCCAGUGCCUGAUGACAAAGUUGACUGGAAUACUGAUUGGCCCCAGUACAAACCAGUGGGCUACACUGCCCCAUCUGUGCUCAUCAAGCCUGUAUGGGCCGAUCAGGACAUCAGGUCUUUCUCCCCGCGGUUUAACGCUCUGGAUGGCAAUGUGGACAGGCGGAGUCACGAGGGAGACUACAGAGUGGAGCAAGGCAUGCCACUAAAUCCUCGCGGCCGCACUGGUUUGACUGGGAGAGGUUUGCUGGGACGAUGGGGACCCAAUCAUGCAGCAGAUCCCAUUGUUACCAGGUGGAAGAGAGACUCAGCUGGACAGCAAGUGUCACACCCAGUGUCCAAACUGCCAGUUUUGCAGUUUGUGUCCAUCAAGAGGAGAGACUGUGGGGAAUGGGCCAUCCCAGGGGGUAUGGUAGACCCGGGGGAGCUGGUGUCCCUCACCCUGCAGCGUGAGUUCUCUGAGGAGGCUCUGAACUCCCUGGCAGCUUCCCCCCAGGACAGAGAGCGGAUCCACGAGCGCAUCACUCAGCUGUUCAACUCGCCGGGUCUGGAGGUUUAUAAGGGCUAUGUAGAUGACCCAAGAAAUAAUGACAACUCUUGGAUGGAAACGGUUGCUGUCAACUUCCAUGAUGAUACAGGUAACAGUGUGAGCGAGCUCCCGUUGCAAGCGGGCGAUGAUGCCGGGCAAGUCCACUGGAUCGACCUUGACUCCGUCCUAUCCCUCUAUGCAAGCCACUCCCAGUUCUUGGAGGUGGUCGCCAAGGAGAGGCAUGCUCACUGGUAACCAAGGAAACUGUCCUCACGUUCAAGAGGAUUGGCCGGAGCAAAGCCCUGCAGCAUUAUCACUAUGUUUUGGCAUCGUGGCCUUGGUCAGGGAGUAACGAAACAAUGAGAGCAUGUCUUCUUUUGAACAAAUCAUGUUCCCAUCAGCCCUGAUUAGAGGGAGUGGUUACAGAGUAACCACAUACGAUAUAGUAAACAGUGAAAAGCAAUAGGUAAUAUACAGUGUAAAUAUAUAUAUACACUAUCAAAAUGCAUAUUGAGGUUAGAAGCAGUAGAAAGGUCUUAAGAAGUUAUGGCCUUUUUAUUUCACCAUUAUUUAACCAGGUAGGCGAGUUGAGAACAAGUUCUCAUUUACAACGGCGACCUGACCAAGAUAAAGCAAAGCAGUGCGACAAAAACAACAACAGAGUUGUUAUGGAAGGACGGAAACAUAUAUAGUGAGAAGAGCCAUACUACAAAGCUCAUUAGAUGGCAACAACUAUGAACCACAAAACAUAGAAAAUGGUAAUAGGGCUAAAAACACACCACAAAGUAGUUUUAGCAAACUAUUGACCCUACAUAAAUGGUGAGAAAUACAUGUGUCCUUCCAUAUUCAAGGUAAGAACCACUUAGAUCUCUAAUGCUUCUAAUCUUAAUAUGUGUUUUGAUAUAUAUAUUUAGAAUGUGUAUUAUCUAUUGCUGUUUACUAUGUGGUGUCCACCAAUGACUCAUGUGUAACCACUCUGUAAUCAGGGCUGAUGGGAACCUGGUUUGCUCAAAAGAAGAAGAUGCUCUCAUUGUUUCUUUGUUACUCCUUGACCAAGGCCAUGAUCCCGAAACGCGUCUGAGUUUAGCUUUUGCUUCAAUUAAAAAUGCCGUGAUCAAAAAAUAAAGGCAUUUUAAACAA